AUGUCCAGAGAUCAUAACAUUAAAAAGUCUCUUACACCUCAGAUUUCUUGUUCGACAAGUGAAUCUUAUAAACAGCUGGAUUUUUUGCCUGACAAACUAAGAGCAAAGCUGCUUCCUUUCCAGAAAGAUGGCAUCACUUUUGCCCUGAGAAGAGAUGGCAGGUGUAUGGUGGCUGAUGAAAUGGGUCUAGGAAAGACUGUUCAGGCAAUUGGCAUCGCUUACUUCUAUAAGGAGGAAUGGCCUCUUUUAGUGGUGGUCCCUUCAUCUCUGAGGUAUCCUUGGACCGAGGAAAUAGAGAAGUGGAUCCCAGAGCUAAGUCCUGAAGAAAUCAAUGUCAUCCAGAAUAAAACUGAUGUUGGGAGAAUAUCAACCAGCAAAGUGACAGUUCUGGGUUAUGGCCUUUUAACCACAGAUGCGGAGACUUUGAUAGAUGCACUGAGUAAUCAGAACUUCAAAGUCGUGAUUGUAGAUGAAUCACACUACAUGAAGUCCAGAAGUGCAACUCGCAGCCGGAUUCUAUUGCCCAUUGUACAGAAAGCCAAACGAGCCAUUCUGCUUACAGGAACUCCAGCUCUGGGAAGACCCGAAGAGCUUUUCAUGCAGAUUGAAGCUCUCUUUCCACAAAAAUUUGGAACAUGGACUGAGUAUGCCAAAAGAUACUGUAAUGCACAUGUCAGAUAUUUUGGUAAAAGACCUCAGUGGGAUUGCAGAGGGGCAUCAAACCUUAAUGAACUUCAUCGGCUAUUAAGUGACAUAAUGAUUAGAAGAUUAAAGACUGAAGUUUUAACCCAGCUGCCCCCUAAAAUCAGACAGCGUAUUCCAUUUGAUCUUCCAGCAGCAGCAGCCAAGGAAUUGAAUUCCAGCUUUGAAGAGUGGGAAAAAUUAAUGAGAGCUCCAUAUUCAGGUGCUACCGAGACUGUCAUGGGGUUGAUUACUCGCAUGUUUAAACAAACUGCUAUUGCCAAGGCAGGUGCUGUAAAGGAUUAUAUUAAGAUGAUGCUUCAGAAUGAUUCACUUAAAUUUCUGGUUUUUGCUCACCAUUUAAGCAUGCUCCAAGCUUGCACAGAAGCAGUUAUAGAAAACAAGACUCGUUACAUCAGGAUAGACGGAAGUGUUCCAUCUUCAGAAAGAAUACAUCUGGUUAAUCAGUUUCAAAAGGAUCCUGAGACUCGUGUAGCUAUCCUCAGCAUUCAGGCUGCUGGUCAGGGUUUGACAUUUACUGCUGCAACUCAUGUUGUGUUUGCUGAGUUGUACUGGGACCCUGGACAUAUAAAACAAGCAGAAGACCGUGCUCACCGGAUUGGACAGUGCAGUUCUGUGAAUAUUCAUUACCUUAUUGCAAAUGGGACUCUAGACACCCUUAUGUGGGGAAUGUUGAAUCGUAAGGCUCAGGUUACAGGGAGCACACUGAAUGGGAGGAAGGAAAAGCUUCAGGCCGAGGAGGGUGAUAAGGAAAAAUGGGAUUUCCUGCAGCUUGCUGAAGCUUGGACUCCAAAUGAAAGGUCUGAAGAGCUCAGGGAUGAAAUGUUGUUCACUCAUUUUGAAAAAGAAAAACAGCGUGAUAUUCGAUCAUUCUUUUUACCAAACACUAAGAAAAGACAGUUGGAGACCUCCUGUGAUGAAUCAAGGGUAUCCCAGCAGAAAAAUACUGUAGUGCCAGCAGACCCUGGAAAAACAGCUACAAGAGAUGAUGAAAGUGAUCUUGCACCUGAAGCUAAAAAACUGAAAUCGGUCACCAUUGAUGACCCUUGCAGGCCCCCUGCGGAGAAACCAUGCCGGCCUGGGCAGGCCGAAGCUCGGCUCGCGGUUGGGGCCUGUGAGGCCGAGGCCCAGGCCACCACCCCAGGCCUUCGCGGGGAGGGCUGGCAGUGUGCUCUCUGCACCUACAUCAAUGACUCGGCGUUACCUCACUGCGAGAUGUGUGAGAGUCCGCGGGCCCGUGCUGGUAGCCUCAGCCACACCCAGAAUAAAAACAAAAACGAGAAAGAUGAUUCUCAGGACACCUCCGAAAAAAUUCAUACUAGUUCUGACGGAGAGAAACAAGUCCUGGCACACUCAGCACCUGAACUGUUAGCUGAGAGCAAGGAAGAAAUUUCAAAAGCUGAGAGUGAAGACAGGCGCAUCGCCCAGCCGGGUGAUGAACAGUUGAAGAGUUCAGAUGCUUGGCCUGUGUAUGACACCCUGAUGUUUUGUGCAAGUAAGAAUACUGACCGGAUUCAUGUCUAUACUAAGGAUGGAAACCAGAUGAACUGUAAUUUCAUUCCUUUGGAUAUAAAAUUAGACCUGUGGGAAGAUUUACCAGCAAGCUUUCAGCUGAAACAAAAUCGCUCCCUGAUCUUGAGGUUUGUUCGAGAAUGGAGUAGUCUAACUGCCAUGAAGCAGAGGAUCGUCAGGAAAAGCGGGCAGCUGUUCCGCAGCCCAGUUCUGGCUCUGGAAGAGAUCGCAAAGCAGCAAACCAAACAAAACAGCGCUAAGAGAUAUAUAACGAAAGAAGAUGUUGCUGCAGCCUCCAUGGACAAGGUGAAGAAUGACGGAGGCCAUGUCCGACUGAUCACAAAGAGGCCCAGGCCAGGGAACCCUUCUACAAAAGAAUUUCUUGAAGAUGGAGAAGGUGUCCCAUUUCUAAAUGCCUGCACAGCCCACAGUGAUCUCACUCUGAAGGCUUCUACAUCCAAAGGCUAUUUGCAGGCUGUGGAUAACGAAGGAAAUCCACUUUGCCUUCGCUGUCAGCAGCCCACUUGCCAAACUAAGCAAGAGCGUAAAGCAAAUGCUUGGGAUUCACGGUUCUGUUCUCUGAAAUGUCAGGAGGAGUUUUGGAUUCGAUCUAAUAAUAGUUACCUGCGAGCCAAAGUAUUUGAAAUUGAACAUGGUGUGUGUCAGCUGUGUAAUCUGAAUGCACAAGAACUCUUUUUACGUCUGAGAGAUGCCCCUAAAAGUCAGAGGAAGAGUCUUCUGGAUGCUACCUGGACCUCAAAGCUCCCAUUGGAACAGCUCAACGAGAUGAUAAGCAGCCCAGGGGAAGGGCUCUUCUGGCAGGCGGACCACGUCCGGCCCGUGUCUGGUGGGGGAGGGCAGUGCUCCCUGGACAACCUGCAGACCCUCUGCACAGUCUGCCACAGAGAGAGAACUGCCCGUCAAGCCAAGGAAAGAAGCCAGGUGAGAAGACAGUCUCUAGCAUCAAAACAUGGAUCAGACAUCACACGAUUUUUGGUAAAGAAAUGA